AUGACUAUCAAAACUGUAUUUGAUGUGAUAGUAGUCGGUGCAGGCCUCAGUGGUCUCCAAGCAGCCCAUGUGGUCAAGGCCGCAGGGCUGACCGUUUGUGUUUUGGAGGCUACCGGGCAGGUGGGGGGAAAGACGCUUACAAUGAGAUCAACCGAGAGAGGAUUCAACGAUUUGGGCGCAGCAUGGAUAAACGAUACAAAUCAGAGCGAAAUGUUUAAGUUAUUCCAGCGAUAUGGCAUAGACGCAGAGGUUCAGCGUGCCUGUGGCGAUGAUGUCAUCCAGCUGGCCGACGGAUCUGUGAUAAAGACCCCUUAUGGCCAGUUUCCGGGCGAUGCAAAGUUACUUCAAGGACUGCUGGAGCUACUCCGGACAGAAGCGUCUAAAGUCAAUUUGAACAAUCCCUGUGAUUCUGACGGUGCCAAGGACAUCGAUAAAUUGACAUUUCGAGAAUUCUGCGUCCAAAGAACGGAAAAUGCAGAAGCAUCUGGGAUCGCAGAUACUGUCUGCGCAGCAUUGCUCGGAGUGGAGAGCAAUGAAGUCACUAACGGGCUAGGAAACCAAACAAUCUCGAAGAAAUUAUCUGAAGAGCUUGAUCCGAACACUGUGAAACUACAAACACCAGUUGUUUCGAUCGACCAGUCUCAAAAGGACAAAUGCGUAAUUCGCACAGCAACUGGAGAAACAAUCUACUGCCGCAAAACUAUUAUCUCGAUUCCAACGACAUUAUAUCACACAAUCUCCUUCAAUCCACCAUUACCUGCAACAAAGAUCACCUUGAGUGACAAUGCAGUAAUGGGCUACUACAGUAAGAUGAUCUUCGUCUUUAAAGAGCCCUGGUGGCGCAAAGCCGGCUUCUCAGGUGUCUUGAACCCCGAAACGGGGCCCAUUAGCUUUACCAGAGAUACCAGCAUCCCCGCAGAUGAUCAGUGGUCAAUUACCUGCUUUAUCGUUGGGGAGCGUGGGAGGGCAUGGUCGAAGCUUUCUCGAUCAGCUCGCUAUAAUCAGGCUUGGGGGCAAAUAAGUCAGUCUUUUGGGAAAUUUGUUCACAGUGUCCCUGCGCCUUCGAAUCACUUGGAAAUGGAGUGGUCAAAGCAAGCUUUCUUUCUCGGUGCCCCUUGUCCAGUCAUGACACCAGGGACCCUCACGAGCGUGGGAGAGAACCUCACCCAGCCGUUUAAGAAUAUCCAUUUCGUGGGAACUGAAACUGCUACUGUUUGGCGGGGAUAUAUGGAGGGUGCCGUCCGCUCUGGCCAGCGGGGAGGUGCUGAGGCUGUGAAAGCUUUGUGCUGA